AUGUCCGGUGGCCUCCUCCUGGUACUCGUGGAGCUCAGCGAGUACUGGGACCAGCAUUUCCGGGGUGACAACGAAGAACAAGAAAAAUUACUGAAGAAAAGCUGUACAUUAUAUGUUGGAAAUCUUUCCUUUUAUACAACUGAAGAACAGAUUUAUGAACUCUUCAGCAAAAGUGGUGACAUAAAGAAGAUCAUCAUGGGUCUGGAUAAAAUGAAGAAGACGGCAUGUGGGUUCUGUUUUGUGGAAUACUAUUCGAGAGCAGAUGCGGAGAAUGCCAUGCGGUACAUAAACGGAACUCGUCUGGAUGACCGGCUCAUCUGCACAGACUGGGAUGCAGGCUUUAAGGAGGGCAGGCAGUAUGGACGUGGACGAUGGGGUCAGGUUCGAGAUGAAUAUCGGGAUGACUACGAUGCUGGCAGAGGCGGCUAUGGCAAAUUGGUACAAAAACAGUGAGUGGAGAGAGCCCGGAGUACACAGCUCACUCUUGACUGUUGAUGAGUGUGACCCAAGGUUUGAUCAGAUCUCUGUUGCACUGGAAGCCACUUCCGGUUUUCUUCUGAAAUAUUAAAAGACAGAAUCCAAAAGAAUGCCUUUAAUUCUGGUCUUAUUAGGUUUAUUUUCUGUUAUUAGGUCAAAAACUGUAAUCCUGGGCAACAGACUCAUUC